AUGGCGGCGAUCAAAGCCCGCGCUACCAGGACCCGGUCAAUUGCGCUGCACAAAGUCUCCCGGAAGAACGACAGGUUGGAAAAGAAGAAAGAGUGGCGGCGCCGCCUCUUCCUAUGGCUCCGGCAGGCGUGGCGAAAGGAUCACGGAGUGAGUUUGGGUCAUGGCUGUAUGCCAUCAGACUUUCUCCGAAAGAUGCUGGGGGAUGACGGCAGGAGGAGUCCGGUCAAUUCCUUUGUGGUUUUGAUGUUCAUCCAUCUGAACCCUUCCGAGACGCCUCAACCAGGACAAACUCACCCAACUAUGACUCCUCGGCGUGUGCUCCUCGACUCGGGGGCCGACUUCAACUUGAUCUCCCAUGGCGCCCACGCCGAGCUCAAUUUGACAAAACAGCCGUUUGAAGGAGUGGUCCGUUCGAUUGGCGGCUACACCAUGUUCAACGGCACAGUGCACCUCCAGUGGCAUUUUCGUAGCCCGACAUCCUCAUCCAGGCAUUCCUUCCUGUUGCAUCGUGCCCCUUUCCACGUCCUGCCAGCUGACGCAAACGCCAAGUUCGAUUGCAUCAUUGGCUGUCGUUGGAUCAUUGAGAACUGGUCAGAAUUUGUAGCCUUGGUCGAGAUGAACCUACAAAUGGCCAUUCUUGCACCAUGCGGCCCGGCGACUUGA